AAUAAAAAAAUUUCACAUGCUUUUCUGGUGCCUACUUACACUCUACGAAUUGCCAACUGACUCAAAAGCCCUCUUUCAGUUGCGCUCGGCUCCUCCUCUUCCUCUAUCUCAAAAUCUUGAAAAUGAAAGAAAAAAACAGUGUCUAAAAUGGAAGCUUAGAAACAUAAACACUUAUAAUAGUGGGAGGAAGAAGAAGAAAGAAGAAAGAAAGAAAGAAAGAAAGAAGAAACAAGUGGGAGGAGAUGAUGAAUCCCAGACAGCGUCCGCAGCCGACGCGCGGUGGCCUUGGAUUUCCCAACGGCGCUUCGCCGCCGAUGAGAGAAGUAUACAACAUAAUCCCAAUCCACGACCUCCUGACGGAGCAUCCCUCCCUCCGCUACCCGGAAGUACGCGCCGCCGCAGCAGCUCUACGCGCCGUCGGGGACCUCAGGAAGCCUCCGUAUAUGGCGUGGAGCCCCAGCUACGACCUCAUGGACUGGCUUGGUCUCUUUUUCGGGUUCCAAAACGGCAACGUUCGGAACCAGAGGGAGCACCUGGUUCUUCACCUGGCCAACUCACAAAUGCGGCUGCAACCCCUCUCGGCAACCGUCGACGUCCUCGACCGGCGGGUUCUGCAAAGGUUCCGCCUGAAGCUGCUGCACAACUACACCUCUUGGUGCUCGUAUCUCGGCCGGAAGUCCAACGUCCUGCUGUCUGGCCGCCGUGACGGCGAUGGCCGCCGCGAAUUGCUGUACGUCUCGCUCUAUCUCUUGGUUUGGGGUGAGUCUGCUAAUCUUAGAUUUACCCCUGAAUGCAUUUGCUAUAUAUACCACUUUAUGGCUUUGGAGCUCAACCAUGUUCUUGACAAUCACAUAGACCCAGAAACGGGUCAGCUAUUUUUGCCAUCGUUUUCGGGUGAGAAUGCGUUCUUGAAUUGUGUAGUUAUGCCCAUUUAUCAUACUAUUAAGACCGAGGUUGAGAGUAGUAGGAAUGGUAAAGCGCCUCACUCGGCGUGGAGGAACUAUGAUGACAUAAAUGAAUAUUUUUGGAGCAGGAGGUGUUUUUCCAGGCUGAAAUGGCCCUUUGAUCCUGAGAGCAACUUCUUUGGCACCACGCCUAAGAAUAGGAGGGUGGGGAAGACUGGCUUUGUGGAGCAGAGAUCCUUUUGGAAUGUGUUUAGGAACUUUGAUAAGGUGUGGGUCAUGUUGAUUUUGUUCUUACAAGCUUCUAUUAUUGUUGCUUGGGAGGGGACGGAGUAUCCUUGGCAGGCGCUGGAGAGACGGCAUGUGCAGGUAGAGUUACUUACUUUGUUUAUUACUUGGGGUGGCCUUCGGCUUUUGCAAUCUGUGCUUGAUGCUGGAACUCAAUACAGUUUGGUUUCCAGGGAGACUAUAAUGCUCGGGGUGAGGAUGGUGCUUAAGAGUUUAGAUGCCGUGACAUGGACUAUUUUGUUUGGAGUCUUUUAUGGAAGAAUUUGGAGCCAAAAGAACUCCGAUGGGAGGUGGUCGGAUGAAGCGAAUCGGAGGAUUUUUACUUUUCUUGAGGUUGCUCUUGUUUUUCUUAUCCCAGAGUUGCUGGCAUUAGUUCUUUUCAUUCUUCCAUGGUUUCGAAACUUACUUGAGGAGUUGGAUUGGAGAAUAGUUUACUGGUUGACAUGGUGGUUUCAUUCCCGGAUUUUUGUGGGUCGUGGUCUGAGAGAGGGGCUUAUUAAUAAUAUCAAGUAUACAUUGUUUUGGAUUGGAGUAUUGGCUUCAAAAUUCGCAUUUAGUUAUUUUGUUCAAAUCAAACCUCUUGUUUCACCAACAAAGGCACUUUUCAAUCUUAAAGGGCAUUACUAUUGGCAUGAGUUUUUUGGUAGUACCAAUGAAAUAGCUGUUAUUUUGUUGUGGGCACCUGUUAUAUUAAUUUAUCUAAUGGAUUUGCAAAUAUGGUAUUCCAUUUUCUCAUCCAUGUAUGGUGCAGUCAUUGGGUUAUUUUCGCAUUUGGGUGAAAUCCGGAGUAUCGAACAGCUUAGACUCAGGUUUCAGUUCUUUGCUAGUGCAAUGCAAUUCAAUCUCAUGCCAGAGGAGCUAUUGUUACGUCCUGAGAUGACACUAGUGAAGAAGCUCCGUGAAGCCAUUCACCGAUUCAAGCUGAGAUAUGGACUUGGUCAAGUUUACAAGAAGGUUGAAUCAAGCCAAGUUGAAGCUACCAGGUUUGCUUUGAUAUGGAAUGAGAUCAUGAUAACGUUCAGGGAAGAAGAUCUUAUUAGUGAUCGAGAACUUGAGCUUUUGGAACUGCCACCAAAUUGUUGGAAUAUUAGGGUUAUUCGCUGGCCAUGUGUCCUACUAUGCAAUGAACUAUUGCUUGCUCUUAGUCAGGCAACACAGCUGGCUGAUGAAACUGAUCGGGUGCUUUGGUUAAAGAUAUGCAAGAGUGAAUAUCGGAGGUGUGCUGUUAUUGAAGCUUAUGAUAGCGUCAAGCAUUUGCUAUUUAUGGUUGUUAAACAUGGCACUGAAGAGAAUUCCAUUGUUUCAAAAAUGUUCUUGGAGAUAGAUGGCAGCAUCCAGACAGGAAACUUCACAGCAGAAUACAAUAUGUCUCUGCUUCCACAAAUUCAUGGUAAGAUAAUAUCACUGGUCGAGCAUUUAAUGAAUCCAAAGAGGAAUAUGGAUACAACAGUGAAUAUAUUGCAGGCCUUAUAUGAACUUUCUGUUCGAGAAUUCCCAAGGGUGAAGAAGUCCAUUCAGAAAUUGAGGCAGGAAGGCCUAGCACCUCUUAGCCCAGCUGCUGAUGCAGGCUUGCUGUUUGAAAAUGCUAUAGCAUUUCCUGAUCCUGAGGAUGCAAUCUUCUACAGGGAUCUGAGACGUCUGCAUACAAUCCUCACUUCCAGGGACUCCAUGCACAAUGUCCCAAUGAAUCUGGAGGCAAGGCGGCGUAUUGCUUUCUUUAGCAAUUCUCUUUUCAUGAACAUGCCCCGUGCUCCUCAUGUUGAAAAAAUGAUGUCUUUCAGUGUUCUGACUCCUUACUAUGAUGAAGAUGUACUGUAUAAACAAGACAUGCUUCGACAUGAGAAUGAAGAUGGUAUUUCCACACUGUUUUAUCUGCAAAAAAUUUAUGAAGAUGAGUGGAAGAAUUUUGUGGAGCGGAUGCGUAGAGAUGGCGCAGAGGAUGAAAAUGAUAUCUGGACCAAAAAGGCUAGGGAUCUUCGUUUGUGGGCAUCACAUAGAGGCCAGACUUUAUCCCGCACUGUGAGGGGAAUGAUGUACUAUUAUAGAGCCCUCAAGAUGCUUGCCUUCCUUGAUUCUGCCUCUGAGAUGGACAUUAAGGAUGGAUCCCAACAAAUUGCAUCUCAUAGUUCAAGUAAGCGAAACCGUGGUUUGGAUGGUCUACGCUCGGGGAUGCAACCAUCUUCGGAGAACCUUAGGAAAAUGGGCAGUGGAGUGAGUCUUUUGUUUAAAGGGCAUGAAUAUGGAAGUGCACUAAUGAAAUUCACUUACGUGGUUGCUUGUCAAGUGUAUGGGCAUCAUAAGGCUAAGGGAGACAAUCGUGCUGAGGAGAUUUUAUAUUUAAUGAAAAACAAUGAGGCCCUUCGAGUUGCCUAUGUUGAUGAGGUUCAUGUGGGAAGGGAUGAAGUUGAGUAUUACUCCGUUCUUGUUAAAUAUGAUCAGCAGCUCCAAAGAGAGGUAGAGAUCUACCGAAUCAGGUUGCCUGGUCCGCUGAAGCUUGGAGAAGGCAAGCCAGAAAAUCAGAACCAUGCCAUGAUCUUCACCCGAGGUGAUGCAGUUCAGACCAUUGAUAUGAAUCAGGACAAUUAUUUUGAGGAAGCACUCAAGAUGCGAAAUUUGUUGGAGGAAUUCAAGACCAAUUAUGGUAUUAGGAAACCAACCAUCUUGGGUGUCCGUGAAAAUAUCUUCACAGGUUCUGUGUCCUCCCUUGCUUGGUUCAUGUCUGCCCAGGAGACAAGUUUUGUGACCCUGGGCCAGCGUGUCUUGGCAAACCCUUUAAAGGUGAGAAUGCAUUAUGGUCAUCCAGAUGUGUUUGACAGAUUCUGGUUCCUGACUCGGGGAGGAAUCAGCAAGGCUUCUCGAGUAAUAAAUAUCAGUGAGGAUAUAUUUGCAGGCUUCAAUUGCACCCUUCGAGGGGGCAAUGUAACACAUCAUGAAUAUAUUCAGGUAGGAAAGGGCAGGGAUGUUGGUUUGAAUCAAAUCUCAAUGUUUGAAGCCAAAGUUGCCAGUGGUAAUGGUGAGCAAGUUUUGAGCCGAGAUGUUUAUAGAUUGGGUCAUAGAUUGGACUUCUUUCGUAUGCUUUCAGUUUUCUACACAACUGUAGGCUUCUAUUUCAACACAAUGAUUGUGGUAUUGUCCGUAUAUGCUUUUUUGUGGGGUCGCCUUUAUCUUGCAUUGAGUGGUGUUGAGGAUGCAGUGAUGAACAGUAGCGAUAGCAGUAGCAGUAGCAAUAAUAAAGCCCUUGGUGCAAUGUUGAAUCAGCAGUUUAUCAUACAGCUAGGUUUCUUCACUGCCCUCCCAAUGGUAGUUGAGAACUCCCUCGAGCAUGGAUUCCUUCCAGCAAUUUGGGAUUUCCUGACAAUGCAGUUGGAGCUUGCAUCAUUUUUUUACACGUUCUCUAUGGGAACUCGUACCCAUUUCUUUGGCCGGACCAUUCUUCAUGGGGGGGCAAAGUACCGAGCAACUGGACGCGGCUUUGUUGUGGAGCACAAGAGCUUUUCUGAAAACUAUCGACUCUAUUCCCGAAGCCACUUUGUUAAGGCAAUUGAGCUUGGUGUUAUCUUAAUAGUUUAUGCUUCACAUAGCCCAUUGGUUAAGAAUACUUUUGUUUACAUUGGUAUGAUGAUCACCAGCUGGUUUCUUGUAGUGUCUUGGAUGAUGUCUCCAUUUGUGUUCAACCCUUCUGGAUUUGAUUGGCUGAAAACCGUUUAUGACUUUGAAAAUUUUAUGAGUUGGAUAUGGUCUGCUGGUGGGAUGUUUACAACUGCCGAACAAAGUUGGGAAACUUGGUGGUCUGAAGAGCAAGAUCAUCUGAGAACAACGGGUCUUUGGGGAAAAAUUUUGGAGAUUAUUCUAGAUCUUCGUUUCUUUUUCUUCCAGUAUGGCAUUGUGUAUCGGCUGGGUAUUGCAGGGGGAAACACCAGUAUAGCAGUUUACUUACUCUCUUGGAUAUAUAUGGUAGUUGCUGUUGGAAUUUAUAUAAUCAUGGCAUAUGCUCAGGACAAGUAUGCUGUGAAGGACCAUAUCUACUACAGACUAGUUCAGCUUGUUGUCAUACUGGUUACAGUACUUGUGAUUGUAAUUUUGCUGGAGUUCACUCCCUUCAAAUUUCUUGAUAUUAUCACAAGCCUCCUGGCAUUCAUCCCUACAGGCUGGGGUAUGAUUUCAAUAGCCCAGGUGCUUAGACCAUUCCUACAGUCCACUGUGGUGUGGGAUACUGUGGUUUCCUUAGCUCGACUAUAUGAUCUGUUGUUUGGAGUGAUUGUGAUGGCCCCUGUUGCGUUGCUCUCAUGGUUACCUGGAUUUCAAUCAAUGCAAACAAGGAUCCUCUUUAAUGAAGCAUUUAGCAGGGGCCUUCAGAUAUCUCGUAUUGUCACCGGCAAAAAGAAUAACUGAGAUGUUGUAUGGUGGAACUAGUGCUAGAAAACAAAAACAGAUUGGUGUUUCGAUUCCACCGACCGAAGGAGAAAUUGUAUGUAUUGCUACUGGUUCUUUCAUCCAAGACCUUGGAUAUUGGAUUUUCCUUCAUCAUCCUGCUGCUGUUGUAUCUAACUCUGGUUCUUUCAUCCAAGACCUUGGAUAUUGGAUUUUCCUUCAUCAUCCUGCUGCUGUUGUAUCUAACUGGCUGCUUAAUUUUCAUUUCUGCUAGAGAUAUUGUGAUUCAACUGCGUAACUUUAUAGGCCGCAAGAUUUUGUUUCUUCUCUAUGGUGUUCAUUAUUGCUCUGGUUCUGUACAUAUUGUUCAUAGUAGGGGUAGCUUCUGUGCGAUUUAUCACAAUCUUUUUUAAUAUUUUAUGGAAAUUUCCACUUUUUGGGUU